GAGAAGGGAUGCUUGAAAGCUUUAUACGAAGCCUUCACCAUGUCAAAGAGCUCAAAACUGGGAUUGAUUUUUAUAAGUCAAAUGAUAUAUCGCAACCUUGAUGGAUUAAAAUGUGGUUGUUUGGCCUUCUCUUGUUUGGAAGCUAAAGGUUUCAAUUCUCCAUCUAACUUGAAGGUUGUAGAAGUUACAAAUCAAAGUUCUGAUACUGAUUCAACCGAUCUAAGUGAUUACUCUGAUGAUGAUUCAUCUGUGGAUGAUACUGAUUCAAUGGAAAGAGGUGAUUGCUCUGAUAAUGACUCAUCUUUUGAUGAUCAAGAUGCUGAGCAAGUUGGUGAUGAGGGGAAUCCAGCUGCAGGACGUGAGGUAGGAGCUGAUGAUGCCGGGCCGGGUGAUGAUGUUGGAGCUGAGGAGGCCGAUGUGAGGCAUGAGGAUUAGAUUUGAUUCAAUUGGGUUGUAUGAUAUUCUGAUAUUUUUGAUACUAUGGUUUGUCUUACACCUUUGUUGGUGUUUACUAUACUCCUAAUUAUCUGACAAUGACUCAUCUGGUAGUGUGUUAGUGACACCUGAAAGCAUAGAUUCGGAGGAACUAAUACUUGAUGAUGGUCCUAGAGAGGACGAAGUUCAUUUAUGGCGCUUUGAACUCUUGUUACUCCUAAGUGCAUUUUAUUUUAACAGAUUUAAUACUAUGAAGUCUGAUAUUUUAUACCAUGUUCUAAUUUGUUUUGAGUUCAUAUUUUGUUUAUUGGCUUAUGUUAUCAGAUUCACUUCCAUAACAUAACCUGAUCUCCUUCCACUUAUGCUGCUAGUGCUAUGUUUGAACCUUCUACCUUUAUCUACUUUGCCUGCCUACAUAGGGAAAAGGAUAGGAUAGCUCAUGUGGUGAUGCUGUUUUACUCUGCAUAUAAAAAGACUAAAGGAGCAAAUAGCGAAAGUAACUUUAAGCUACAGUGGCGAUUGAUGCCGAUCAUAUAGGGAAAAAAGAUAGGAUCAAUUCCUUGCAAUUGCCGGAUGAUCUUUUAGUUUGCAUACUGUCGUUUACUGUUAUUAAACUAGUAGUACAAUGUUCCAUCUUGUGGAAACGUUGGGUAAACCUCUGGAUUUUGCUUCUUGUUGUUGAUAUUGAUUCAAGUACCGAUUCAAUAUUCAUUUUUUAGAUCUCAGUAAAAGA